CGUUGACCAUCAUCGCCAGCCCCGCCGUCGACGGCGCCGCCCACGGUCCUCGUCCAACCUUCGCUUUGCUUGGAUUCAUAUCUUUUUCUCUGUCCUCCCCCCAUUGUACACUCCUUUCUUGGAACGUCCUAACUUAAUGUCGUCUAUUGGAUCAAUGUUUCGUCGAGCCCCGACUCCCCUACGCUCUGCCCCGUCCUCAGGACCAAUGGAGGCGAUGGCCGCGAAGAAGCAGGAGCAAAUUGAAGAACUCGUCGCGAAGUCGCGGACCCUCGAGCACACGAUAGACAGGCUCCGCCAGGCCCUCUCCGAGGAACAAAGGCGUGGAUCAGACGCCGUGGCCGGCCUGCAGAAAAGGUUCCAGCAGGAGCGGGCAGAGUGGAUCAGCGGGUGUGAUGCGAUACAGGCGAUCCACCGUCUGGCACACGCGCGUACGGUGAUCGAGCUGGAUCGCGAGCGUAUGGCAGUUCUGAAGGAGCGAGAAGGAACCCGCCUGGAAAGGCUUGCUCGGCUGCAGCGCGACUAUCGGCUCGUCAGCUUUCAACGUCGAGAGUUUGAUCUGGAGAAGCGCGUGUCGGACUUGGAGCGGGAGCUUGAGGACCAGCAGAGGACGCAUGAGGAGGAGACGCGGGACUUGAGCGGGGAGCUCGAAGAACGGUGCGCUACUCUCACCGCUCAGCUCGAAGAUACGGCGAAGGAGCUCGUUACUGCAAGCAAGUCCAAGGAUACUGCUGAGGAUGCGCUGUCCAAACUACGAAUCGAACACAACGCGCUUGUCGCCUCGACGAGUAGUUCAACGACUAAUCUUGAACGUACGACUCUGCACUUGGAGGGACUCAAAUCUUCCUACGCCGAGCUAGAGACCAAGCAUGGUGAGGCAGAGCGGACCAACGCCGACCUCCGACGGCAGCUGGAGAAGUGGCGCACCCUUGAAAGUCGUGAGGGCGCUGAGAUGGACACUCUGCGGCGUAGCAGGAUCGAGCUCGAGGUGCGCGUGAAGGAGCUGGAGAGUCGUGUUGAGGAGUUGGAAGGCGAAGUGACAGAGAGAAACGAGUUCAAUGAGAAAGCGAAAGCGAAGGUAGCUAGGUACAAGACGCACAUCGAGCAGUACAAGACCUCUAUGCAAGAGCACCAGAACGCUUUGGAUGAGGCUCGCGCCGAUGCUGACAAGGCUGAGAUGGAGGCUGAAGAGGUGAAGGAGCGCUUGCUGAGGGUAGAGGCAGAGCUUCACGCCCUGCGUACUACCUCCAAUGCCAGACCGCCAAACAAACCGUCUCCCGCAGACCCUGUCCGCGUCCCGCCUUCCAUUUCUGAUCACGAAGGCGAUGACAUUGCAGACGAAGAAGCUCCCUCCUCUUCUGCUCCACCUACGCCGCCACGGAAAAGCAAGAGUCAGCAGCGAGGCGCGGCGUCGUCCCAGCAAGUCAAUGAUUCUGACGACGACGACGUUGUCAUGGUCGAGGCUGACAGCCCGCCAAAGGCCCAGGAAGCUAAGAAGAAGAGGGGACGCCCGAGGAAGAGACAGCCCGAAGAAGACGGUAACGAUGAGGUGGUCGCGAAACCAACUGCAGGUCGCAAGGGGAAGCGGAAGGCUACCGACGUCAACGAUUCAGACGACGAGCCGCCCCCGAAGAAGAGCAAGGGGAAGGCCAAGGACAAAGGCGAUGCCGACGAGGACGAAGAGCCCCCCAAGGCGAAGACGAAGACGAAAAAGCCCUCUGCCUCUACUAACGGCAAACCAACUGCUCCCCAGAAAGCCAAACCCGGACGAAAGGGAAGCGUGUCAAAUGCAGCUCCAGCCACAACGGUAGACGAGGACGACGAAGAAGCUGCACCGACGCCGACCAAGGGCAAGAAACGGAGAAUCAAGCUCUUCCCGGCUUCGCAGCCGGUCUCGUUCGACUGGGUCGAACUUUCGCAGACUGGCGGCGCGCUUGACAUCCCGUCACGGUUAUCACCCGUCAAAGAGACAAACACCGUUCCCCCAAGAUCGGUGUAUGGUGGCAGGGGCAGUUCUGCGUUUGGCAGUUUCGGUAGUUUGGGUGGCCGUCGUUGAUUUGUGCAAGUAUGCUUUUACCGCCUAUGAUCUCUCAUCUAUGACUGUAGCUCUAGGUAUAUCAUGUCUUUUUCGCUUGCAGUACCCCGGCCAUGCAAACGCGUCCGUCGAGCUGCACCUCCCGGUUGGUGGCAGGCCGCGGAGCUCGAUGAACGUGCGGUCGGGGAUAGCUUUGGCAGGUACGAGGUUAAUCAGAAGGUCGGAAGGCUCUGCCUACCCUCGACGUGCCGAACUCGCUCCAUUCGAUCUCAUCACGGUUUGUUUUACCCUCGCCUGUUCUGUGCUUGCUGUAAGUACGACUCUCCGC